AUGACAGAAAGCUAUUUUGCCAAAGUGGCGAAUGAUGUGCUUGAAGCUACUGAGCAAAUUGCCACUCGAAUGGAAGAAGGUCUCACGGCGAUAAUGAAAGGCGAGACGCCGAAGCAAGAAGACCACUAUGACCAGCCGAUCUUGGAUGGCAUGGACGGGGAAGACGGGGAAGAUUGGUUAACCAUAGAGGAGGAAUUGCGACGUUCGUCUCCCUUGGAAGGGAUUGCCGAAAGCGUAAUGGGAAAUAUUAUGGCAGGCCAGGCGAAGCCACAAACCGCUGGCGCUCACAUUGAAGCGUUUCGGCACGCCAUUACGUGGUCGGAACCGUUCAUCCUGUUUCUAAUAGCUUUUCAGUGCGUUAUAUUCGGGCUAAGUCUCUGGGUAUCGAAACGAGAUCGUGGAUUGGCCCCACGCCUAAUUCUGAUGUCGGUGAUUGCCGGCACGGUCCGAUCCUCGGAACUUCUAAAUUCCUACGCUGCACAAAACUGGGGGAAAUUUUGCACUCAGAACUAUUUCGAUGACCGUGGGAUUUUCGUCAUGAUUAUGGUGUGUGCGCCGUUGUUACUUGAUAGCCUUAUUAUGCUCAUCUUGUUCAUGAAGGAAGCAGCUCAGCUGUUGGUUCAGGUGAAAAGUGCCGAACUGAAAAAGAAGCACGGCAGUACGAAGAGUGGGAGCUCGCCAACCAGCAAGAAACGGCUGAAGAAAGAUCAAUAA